AUGGCGUCAGACGGGAUGAUUUUAACGAACCACGACCACCAAAUCCGGGUCGGAGUCUUGACAGUGAGUGACAGCUGUUUUCGAAACCUUGCAGAGGACCGUAGUGGCGUCAACCUCAAAGAUCUCGUCCAUGAUCCCUCUCUGUUGGGAGGUAUGAUCGCGGCCUACAAGAUAGUGCCAGAUGAGAUUGACGAAAUCAAGGAGACUCUGGUGGAUUGGUGCGAUGAAAAGGAACUUAACCUCAUCCUAACCACCGGAGGCACCGGCUUCGCCCCGAGAGAUGUCACGCCAGAGGCCACUAAGGAGGUGAUAGAGCGUGAGGCUCCAGGGAUGUCUCUGGCAAUGCUGAUGGGAUCCCUCAACGUCACACCGUUAGGCAUGCUUUCCAGACCUGUGUGUGGUAUCCGAGGGAAGACACUCAUCAUUAACUUACCAGGAAGCAAGAAAGGUUCCCAGGAAUGCUUCCAGUUCAUCCUGCCAGCGCUGCCGCACGCCAUCGACCUCCUCCGGGACGCAGUGGUGAAGGUAAAGGAGGCGGCAGACGAGCUGGAGGACCUGCCGUCGCCACCGCCGCCCCUCUCGCCGCCUCCCAACAGUUCGCCACGCCGCCAGACCGAGGACAAGGGCGUGCAGUGCGAGGAGGAGGAUGAAGAGAAGAAGGACAGCGGCGUGGCGUCCACCGAGGACAGCUCCUCCUCCCACAUCACCGCCGCAUCCAUCGCCGCCAAGAUCCCAGACUCCAUUAUCUCGCGGGGUGUGCAGGUGUUGCCCAGGGAUACAGCCUCUCUCAGUACCACGCCCUCGGAGUCGCCCCGCGCCCAGGCCACAUCCCGCCUCUCCACCGCUUCCUGUCCCACACCCAAAAUUCAUCACUCUUUAGAGGUCCUGGCAGACAGAUUAAAAGGCCCAGUGAAGUUGUAUGAUUUACAAUUCAAUGUGCAGUCACGAUGCAGCAGCAAAGAAAAUAUCCUAAGAUCAAGUCACAGUGCUGUGGACAUUACCAAGGUGGCCCGGAGGCACCGCAUGUCCCCCUUCCCCCUCACCUCCAUGGACAAGGCCUUCAUCACUGUGCUGGAGAUGACCGCCGUCCUGGGCACUGAGAUCAUCAACUACAGAGAUGGGAUGGGUCGAGUCCUGGCUCAGGACGUUUAUGCCAAAGACAACUUGCCACCCUUCCCUGCUUCUGUCAAGGAUGGUUAUGCUGUGAGAGCGGCUGACGGCCCGGGCGACCGCUUCAUCAUCGGAGAGUCCCAAGCUGGAGAGCAGCCCACCCACACAGUGAUGCCUGGCCAGGUGAUGAGGGUGACGACGGGUGCCCCUAUACCCUGCGGGGCUGACGCUGUAGUUCAGGUGGAAGACACCGAGCUCCUCCGCGAGUCUGAAGACGGCACAGAGGAGCUGGAGGUACGAAUCCUAGUACAGGCUCGCCCAGGGCAGGACAUCAGGCCUAUCGGUCAUGACAUCAAGCGUGGGGAGUGUGUGCUGGCCAAAGGCACCCACAUGGGCCCCUCUGAGAUCGGUCUCCUUGCCACCGUUGGAGUCACAGAGGUGGAGGUCCAGAAAUUCCCUGUGGUGGCUGUCAUGUCUACAGGAAAUGAGCUGCUGAACCCAGAAGAUGACCUCCAUCCUGGGAAGAUCAGGGACAGCAAUCGCUCCACCCUGCUGGCUACUAUCCAGGAGCACGGCUACCCUACUAUCAAUCUGGGCAUCGUGGGAGACAACCCCGAUGACCUUCUCAACGCUCUGAAUGAAGGCAUCAGCCGUGCUGAUGUCAUCAUCACCUCAGGAGGAGUGUCCAUGGGAGAGAAGGACUACCUUAAACAGGUGCUGGAUAUUGAUCUACAUGCUCAGAUCCAUUUUGGCCGUGUUUUUAUGAAACCAGGUCUCCCAACAACUUUUGCCACCUUGGACACUGACGGUGCUCGCAAACUUAUCUUUGCCCUCCCAGGAAAUCCCGUGUCCGCUGUUGUCACCUGUAAUCUUUUUGUCAUCCCUGCCUUGAGGAAGAUGCAGGGCAUUUUGGACCCUAGGCCCACCAUCAUCAAAGCGAGGUUGUCUUGCGAUGUGAAGUUGGACCCUCGCCCUGAAUACCACCGCUGCAUCCUGACAUGGCAUCACCAGGAGCCUCUGCCGUGGGCACAGAGCACAGGGAACCAGGUGAGCAGCAGGCUGAUGAGUAUGCGCAGUGCUAACGGGCUCCUGAUGCUACCUCCCAAAACAGAGCAAUACGUGGAGCUGCACAAGGGCGAGGUGGUUGACGUCAUGGUCAUCGGCCGGCUAUGAUGUCA